CUACCACUCUCUCUACCUCGACCACGAGCGUUGUCAUUGACUCUUUUGCUUCGAAAGUCUCCAUCCUACGAUCGAUCCAGGGCUUGGUACAUCCUGCAGCUAGAAGACACCGUGCUUGUGGCUUGUCCCCACACUCCCUGACCGCCCUUCUGGCUCGAGGUCAGGGGCAAGCUCAGCAGCAGUGGUGGAAGAUACUCCCGCCCAACGGUGAGACCUGUGUACGAUUUCGAAAUCCAUGAUACUCGAGGCAGAUAUCGUGUAUUCUUUUUUUGUUCAUUGAGCAUUCUCGGUCGGCCGGCGGUCUUCCGAAUUGAUUCAUAUCACACCUUGUUGUUCCCAUCAUCCUCGGAUCUCAUUAUUUUCGCCAUGGGUGAAUUCGACCCCCAGAAGAGAUAUCAGGAGCAGGAAGAGACAUUUUUUGAUGAUGGUCGAGAAAUCGAGCUGCUGCAUUUCGUCUACAGCAGACCGGAUAUUGACGACAUCAGAGAUUCUCCUGCAAAGGUGCUCGCAGUCAUUGACGAGUUCGCCCGGACGAAGAAGUACCUGAUGAACGUCGGAGAGGACAAGGGCCGCAUUGUAACGGAUCUGAUCGCCGAAGUCAAGCCCAAAACCAUGGUCGAGCUGGGCGGAUACGUGGGUUAUUCAUGCAUCCUGUUUGGGAAUGCCGUUCGCAAGGCUGGCGGUGCACGCUACUUCAGCCUCGAACGGAAUCCCGAGUUCGCCGCCGUCAUUGCUUCGCUGGUGGACCUCGCAGGGCUAAGCGACAUCGUCAAAGUUGUUGUUGGGUCUAGCGAUGCAUCCAUCAAGCGGCUGCAUUCCAAAGGAGCUCUCACUCACAUCGAUCUGAUGUUUCUGGAUCACUAUAAACCAGCAUACACGACAGACUUGAAGCUCUGCGAAGAACUUGGGCUCAUCACGCCAGGAUCAGUGCUGGCCGCCGAUAACGUCAUCAAGCCAGGCAAUCCGCCUUAUCUGGAGUACGUCCGAAGUACCGUCGAGGAGAAAAGGCGAGCUGCUGAGAGCGGAAACGACGCCAAUGGCGUGAUCGGCCGUUUCGCCGACAGAACGGCCAAGCAGUAUCACAAGCGAGAGGGUGAAGCCAAACUAGAUGAAAAGAGGGUCGGCAAUCCUUUGUUGAUAUACGACAGCAAGCUUAUUCACAGCUGGGAGCCGACGGGUGUGCCAGAUGGCAUCGAGAUCACCAGAUGUGUUGGAGUGGCCGAAUCAUGACCGAGGGAUUUUGCAGACUCUGCGGGACACAAGGCGCUUGCAUAGAAGACAUAGAAGGCGAGGUACCAGGAAAGCCCUGAGGUCCAUAAACGGGGUAUCACAUUGGCACCCUCAUCCAGCUUUUGGAAACUCUGGAGAUAACUGACUCAAUCUCGCAUCAUGUGGAAGUACAUAGGAGGCACCCCAUCUCAUCAUUUGGCCCAGCGAUUUAACCUUUGGUGAGGCAUCUGUGAGCAUCGAAUACUAUUAUAUCAUGGCUGCGUGUCCUGGCAAAUCUACACAGUGCUUGAUGGGUGGUGCUGUCCAUGCAAGCCAAAUAAAUGGUGGGUCUCCGGCCGUCCAAAAAAUCUUCAAAAGACCCACCAUUUUCCUUGCAUUUCCAGCUCCCACUGGUUGCCUCUCUCAUCGGAUCCCCAAAGAAAGAAACCAAAGACCAAAAAAACAGAUGAAGGACCACAUCUGAUCAAAAAUGAAUUCAUUGCACAUGGUCAGUAUGGGGCUUGAACCCACGACCUUCGUGUUACACGAUAAGUGGUAUUAGCACGACGUUCUGACCAACUGAACUAACCGACCAGAUGAAUUCAGAUGAAUUUUCUGUGUGCGAAUUUGUGACCAAAAUUUUGCGGCUUUAGUAGAAGAUUCACAUAAUUAUUGGAGCCUCAGUGGUCAUAACUUUUAUCCUUUGGGCAGUAGUAGUACCUACAACGUACCUAUCUGCCAUAUCAGCGUCCUUUAUCUCAACUCAUGGCAGUGUAGUCUGCGCCGUAAAUGAUAUCAUUGUUGGCCUCCCCAAAAGUACCUCAUAAUCAUAUCAAACUACAUUGUAC